UCUCACUCGUCGAUUUCUUCUUCGUCCCAUCGCACCACGAUGCCCGAAACCCAAUUUCGCAUUAAACUAAUCACCAAAAAGCUCAGCUGAUUUCUUUCGCAUAAACAACGUCGCGGCCCCCACGCUGAUCGGCCUUCGCCUCCCACCGCUGCUGGUGGUGGUAGUAGCAGUGCUAGUAUUAGUUGGGAGGGAGGUAGGUGGGGGAGAGGCCGGGGCCACCGGAUGGUGACGGUCGGCGGGGGGCGGCGGAGGCGGGCGUGGCGGUGGGCCAUGCGGGCGGCGGCCAGCGCCGUCGUGUGGACAGCGGUGGUGCAGCUCGCGUCCAUCGCCGGGCUGUUUCGGCCGCGGGUCCUUGCGGACUGCGGCGGCGGAGGUGGCGCCGCCGGGCUCGCUGCGCUCGCCGGAGAGGAAAGCGGCGCGGCGCGGCUCUCGCCGCCGGCGCUCGUGCCAAAGAGAGUUUAUAGAAGCAAUGGCUAUCUACAAGUGACUUGCAAUGGGGGCCUCAAUCAAAUGCGAGCUGGGAUAUGUGAUAUGGUGACCAUAGCACGCCAUCUGAAUCUAACAUUAGUGGUCCCUGAACUGGAUAAAAGGUCUUUCUGGGCUGAUCCUAGUGAUUUUGGAGAUAUUUUUUAUGUGGAUCACUUCAUUAAUUCCUUAAGAGAUGAGCUGAUGAUUGUUAAAGAACUUCCACCGAAACUCAAGUUAAGAACUAAGCGGAGACUUUACUCAAUGCCUCCUAUCAGCUGGUCGAAUGAAACGUACUACCUAAAGCGGAUAUUACCUCUUGCAAGGAAGCACAAAGUUAUCCAUUUCAAUAAAUCAGAUGCCCGCCUUGCAAACAAUGGCCUUCCUGUUCAGCUCCAGAUGCUGCGUUGCCGUGUCAACUUUGAGGCUUUGAGAUUCACCCCACAGAUUGAGGCCCUUGGCAGAAAACUUGUCUCCACCCUCCAGAGAAGUGGGCAAUUUGUGGUGCUUCACUUACGUUAUGAAAUGGAUAUGCUCUCGUUUUCAGGCUGCACACAUGGCUGUUCUGGUGAAGAAACUGAGGAGCUCACUAGAAUGAGAUACGCUUAUCCAUGGUGGAAAGAAAAGGAGAUCAAUUCUGAAGAGAAGAGGCUUCAGGGACUUUGCCCCCUCACACCAGAGGAAAUUACCCUACUGCUUAAAGCUCUAGGAUUCACAAAGGAUACGCUGAUAUAUAUUGCUUCUGGUGAAAUCUAUGGGGGUGAAAGGCGCUUGGCUUCUCUGAAGGCCGCAUAUCCUAAACUAGUAAAGAAGGAGAAACUAUUAUCUCCUGAUGAAUUGCGGCCAUACCAGAACCAUUCAACCCAGAUGGCUGCACUGGACUACAUGGUUUCUAUAGCAAGCGAUGUUUUCAUCCCCAGUUAUGAUGGGAAUAUGGCAAGGGUUGUUGAAGGUCACCGCAGGUAUACGGGCUUUCGCAAGACCAUCUUAUUGGACAGAAAGAAGCUGGUUGAACUCUUGGACCUUUUCCAAGGAGGUGUCCUGUCCUGGGAUGAAUUUUCAGCUGCAGUGAAGGAGGCACACCAGAACCGCAUGGGGCAACCUACAGAAAGAAGGAUCAUCCCUGGCCAGCCCAAGGAAGAGGACUAUUUCUAUGCUAAUCCUCAAGAAUGCCUUGGUUCCAAUGGGGGGUUAAGAUCUGUUUCCUGACGGUGCUUCCUGGAAAGCAUUGCCGAUGAGUAUUGGUGCCUUAACCCGAUGGCAUAGCAUAUUCCUUCGGUGACACCAUUAGUUUUGUACAGCUGACCACAGAUCUCUCUGCAUACUGAGCAUUUACUUCAGGCACAGGCAGGUUCACAAGUCAAUGAUUACAGCCAGAUUUCCUCACAGAAUAAAGCGGACAAGGAGCUGAAAACCACCGGGUUCAGAAAUAAGACAUACCGCCCAAGCAUCCUUUUGUUAUAGUUGUUGUGAUCCUUUUGUUAACCAGUCAGUUUUUUCAUUCCAUUUUCCCCAUUCCCCUUUUGAUGCUUCUAUUUUCAUUUUUUAGGGGCAGCAGCUCUGAUCAAUGAUCAUGCAUUAGUAGCUCAGUUUCCUGAAACCUUCUUGUAUUAUUAGUCAGUCACCAAAAGCAAUGGAAGAUUUUUUUUCCCCA